AUGGCUGCGAAUCCUGCUGAUGAUGAUAACAUCUUGCUGGCCAAGGUCGAGAAUGUUAGAUCUGUCGUAACUCUGCUCAAGGCAAUCUCAUUCAAAAACAAAACAAUCUGCGAAAUCAACGAUCAAGGCCUAAAAUUCACAACCGAAGAAGCUCAUUGUGCUCAAGCCCACGCAUAUCUAAAAUCUCGCUUAUUCGAUGAAUACCACUACACUCCAGAUCAGGACGAAACAAGAACCAUCUUUGCCCUCGACUUGGAAGACAUGAUUGAAUGUCUCACUAUAUUUGGAGGCUCGUCGCUCGUCCCAUUCGCCACAAACAAGGAUGGAAGUACUACUGGUGUUGGUGCUGGCAGUGGCGGCGGGAAUGCACUGUAUGGGAAUAGAGUCAAGGAGAAUAAUGUUACGUCGUUGAGAAUGUCGUUCAAGAGGUCUAGGGAGGAGUUGACGCUCAUGCUUGAAGAUGGAGGUGUCUUGACUGUCUGUCGUCUACCUACAUCCGACGCUGAAAGCAACCUUGAAAUGGAUCAAGAGUUUAGAAAUCAACCCCUGGUUAGUAAAGUCAUUGUAGCGUCCGAAUGGCUCAAGAAUAGCUUUCAUGAGACUGACAGGACUGCUGAGUAUGUAUCCCUCCUCAUAUCCCCUGAUGCUCCAUACUUUCGAAUAUCGGCAAUGAGCGCACCGGGUGAAACUCAAAUGGACUAUCCUAAAACCUCGGAUGUGAUUGAAGCAUUUCAGUCCGAUGCUACGCAGUUGUUCAAGUACAAGUAUCAGAUGCUAGAACCGUCAUUCAAAGCAUUGGCCUCCUCUACAAAAACCGCAUUGAAGAUUAACCAGAUUGGAUUGCUCCAUAUGCAGUUCCUAAUACCAACUUCAGAAACCGACACGUGCUUUGUCGAAUAUCUGGCAAGCUCUUAA